CUCAAGGACCACACCUCCGUCCACGCAUAGCGACAUCGCACGCCACCGAGCACGGAUGAUGGAGGGUGACAGCGGUGCAGACACGUCGGCGGCAUCGGCACGCACCAGCAAGGCAUGCGAGCGAUGCCGCAAGCGCAAGGUCAAGUGCUCUGGCCGGCAGCCAUGCGAAAAGUGCGUGCACCUGCGCCGCGAAUGCGUCUUCGCCGAGUCCUCCAACCGCAUCUCCGUCUCCGAGGCCUAUCUGCGCCGGCUGGAGAACCAGUGUCGCUUGCAGGCUCGCGUGUCGUCUGGCUCGCAGCCUCCAUCUACCUCUACUGCGCCAGCUCACACGACCGCGACGCCAUCCGCUACUUUUGAGGCUCCGCAGACUUCGCCGCACCAGUUUUCUGCCGUCUCCCAGGAUCGGAGCGCCACGGUAGACACGGACACCAGCGAUGCGGACUUUGCUCUCAACCCAUUGAUCAAUAGCCGAUCCUUCAUCCGUGAUGGCCGGGGAAGACCAUGCUUCCUGGGCCCCUCUUCCACCUGGUCUUUCUGCCGCCGUGUCAUCGCCGUACUCGAAGGCUGCGGCCAUCAGGGCGACCGCCUCAUCUACCCCAUGAACCUGGACGGCGUGGCCUUCACCGUCUCCUGGUCUCAUCUCCCCGAUGACGCUCAGCCCGACGUCAGCGGACUCCCGUCCAUCGACUUCUCCCUCUACCUCUACAACACCUUUCAAUUCCACCUCGGCCAGGUCUACCGCUUCGUCUGCGAGGAUUCUUUUGAACCGCUCCUCCAUCGCUUCUACCAGGACCCGCUUGGAAUCGCCAAGUCGAACAGACUGUGGUUUGCGCAGUUUCUGCUUGUCCUUGGAUUUGGCAAGGCUUUCCUCGCUCACACCCCGGACACGUCAAAUCCUCCCGGCUGGGAGUAUGCUUCUCGUGCGCUGGCUUUGCUUCCGGAUUCGCACGACAUCUUCGGCGAUCGGCUGACGGAGAUCGAGGUGCUAUGCCUGGCGGCAAUUUACUUGCAGGCUCUCGACAUGAGAGCUACUGCCUUCAAAUAUAUCGGGCAAGCCUUGCGUCUCUGUUUCAUCAGCGGGAUCCACCGCGAAUGUCCAGAAGAAACGCACGGUCGAGCGCUCUCAAAUCGAUGCAGUAACCUCUGGUGGAGUCUCUACGCUCUAGAUCAGGAAUUCUCCGCCCUCAUCGGAGCGCCGUGUUCCAUUCGGGACGAAGACAUCACCACGCCGCUUCCCUCCGACGUCGUCUCCUCCCCACGUGCCAUGGCGUUGACGCUUCAGGUCCGGCUUUCGCGUGUCACGGCACGUAUCCUCAACAUGGUCUAUGCGGUUGGAGGACCACUCAGCAGCUCCUUCCUCCCAGAGACACGGAGCAUUCUCUGCAUCCUCGCCGACCUUUCCCUCGAGCUUGACAAUCUAAUCGGGCCGAGGAGGGAGGGCGCGGUAGGGGGACUGUCCCGAGUGUCUACACACUUGACGCUCGCCUACCAUCACUGCAUCGUCCUCACCACCCGACCCCUCGUAAUCGGCAUCCUAACCAAGUGCAUCUCCGACGCGAACAGUCCCAGCACACAGCAACCCCUGCAGCUGCAAUCCCCCAUCUCCGCCCUCCUGCAAACCUGCAUCGACUCCGCCAAAGCCGUGCUGCAAAUGCUGCGCGCCCUCUGCGACUUAGACCUCCUCGAAACCUUCCUCUCCUCUCACCUCGAAGACCUCUUCUCCUCCAGCGUAGUCCUAUGUAUAGUCCACACCACCGCCCCGCACUUCCUCAGCACCACCACCACAACCACAACCCCGAACACAACCCACGACUUCCACCACCCGCAUUCCGCACAGCAACCGCGCUGGGCAACCGACGCCCACUACAUCCUCGACCGCAUGAUCCAGUCCGGCAACGCGACGGCCGGGCUGCGCAAAGCGGAACUCCAGCAGUUGAGCAUUCUGCUCGCGCAGACGCCUAUGACGACCAUCAGUCCUGCGACGCCGGUUGCUGUUUCGGAAGCGGGGGAAAGGGGGAGUGGUGAUGCGGCGAGUGGGGAGAGCAUGCACGCUGCUGGCCUCCAAAGCGGCGCAGGUGUUUCUGCUCCUGGCAGCGGCGGGGACGCCUCGCAUGCACGCUACACCGGCUUAGAAGACGAGGACGGCGCUUCGUUGCAGCCUCAUGCUUCGGCGGCGGCGGCGGGGAGCGAGGACUGGGGCUUUGAUCCAUUCACGCUGCAUUCCGGCGCGGGCUUCGGACGGGAUAACAUUCUCAUGCUGGCGCAACAGUUGGCGGACGAUGAGGGGGUUGAAGGGGGCAAUGGGGUUGCGCAGUCGUUGUUGGAGUUGUGGGAUGUAUGAGCACUCUUAUUUCGUGUGAAUGGGAUGGAAUGGCAACACGAGUGAAAUGAGGUAGACGAAAACGUAUAUAGAUGAGUCUU